AUGGCACCAAUUAAGAAAAGCUCUGAACUAACUGAACAACCAGGAGAGAAUGAAGGAGAUAUUGUUCAUUAUCGUCAUGCAGGAACCAACACUAUACCAAGACAGGUUAUUACCAGCAGCGUAAAUCAUACUGAAGGUGGCUGGCCUAAAGAUGUAAGGUUAGAAUCACAGGAACAAAAAAACAAGUUUGUGAGAAAGGUGUGUAAGGAGGACAUGUUUAAAUGGACCGCUGCAAAACUAUCGAAAACUAUGGAAAGAUUUAUACGAAUAAACAACGCCAUCAACAUUGAAGAAAUCUAUUUUCAGGAUUAUGAGGAGAAAGAGGAAGAUAGCAGUGCAUUGAAAAUUACAACUUUAUCAAAACUAAAGGAUUACAGUGGUAAACGUCGCCCAGUGAGUAGCAUUUCUUGGAGGAAGAGUUGUGAUAAAGUAUGGUUAGCUGUAGCUCACUGUGCUCAUGAGUUCCCAUCUAACGAGGAGGAACCAUCCAGGGACAUUAUUGCAUCUUAA